GGCCCGCCAACCCACCCCUCUUAUUUUUGCGCGCCGUAUUCUCACUCUCUCCACGCCCGUCCUGAGCUGUUGCUUAUUAACAUUCACUCUCUUGUCAGCGACGUCGAGCGUGUGAGAAAUCGGCUUAUCUUUUUUUUUUUUUGCCUCUGUGUUGCGCCUGACGAGCAGAGAAGAUGCGCUUUGCGCAGACCGGAGGAUGAGGAUGGAAGGGGUUUAAGGGGGCGUCUGUAAGAAGGGGGGCAGCAAAAGUGACACACUGUCCUCAUGGCGCGCUUCUUUUGAAACGCCUCAUCGUCAUGGGUGCAUAGGCAUCUUUUUGAUGGCAUGUUGGCAUUUUAUCGCUGCCACGUGAAGGGAAUAAUAAUCUAAAACAAAAGAUGUCCAGAGCGCAUGGAGGGACAACUCCACAUCUAAAUGGCGGAGCUUGAAGUUUGCCGAAAUCUGAGUUUGGAGGGGGUGGAGCGAUGCAUGAGCGUGAUGCAGUCCGGGACACAGAUGGUGAAGCUGAAGGCGGGAUCCAAAGGACUGGUUAGACUCUUCUACCUGGAUGAGCAUCGCUCCUGCAUCCGCUGGAAGCCGUCACGCAAGAGUGAGAAAGCCAAGAUCACCAUAGAUUCCCUUUACAAGGUGACGGAGGGUGGUCAGUCAGAUAUCUUCCACCGGCAGCCAGAUGGCAGCUUCGAUCAGGCCUGCUGCUUUACGGUCUACCACGGAAACCACAUGGAGUCACUCGACCUGGUUACAUCGAACGCAGAGGAGGCCAGGACCUGGAUCACCGGCCUCCGCUACCUGAUGGCAGGGAUUAGCGAUGAGGACUCGUUGGCCAAGCGACAACGCACACACGACCAGUGGAUGAAGCAGACAUUUGAGGAAGCAGAUAAAAACGGAGACGGCCUGCUGAACAUCGACGAAAUCUACCAACUUCUUCACAAGCUGAAUGUUAACCUGCCACGUAGGAAGGUCAAGCAAAUGUUUCAGGAGGCAGACACCGAUGAUCAGCAGGGGACACUGACGUACGAGGAGUUCUCUGUCUUCUACAAGAUGAUGUCUCUGAGACGGGACCUGUUUCUGCUUAUGAUGGCGUACAGUGACAGGAAGGACCACCUGACUGCAGAGGAGCUCACCAACUUCCUACGCAUUGAGCAGAGGAUGACCAACAUGACUACAGAGUAUAUUGCAGAAAUCAUUGACAAGUUCGAGGUGUCUGAUGAAAACAAACAAAAAGGCGUUUUGGGCAUAGAAGGUUUCACAAGUUUUAUGCGCAGUCCAGCGUGUGACAUUUUCAACCCUUUGCAUCAUGAGGUGAACCAGGACAUGGAGCAGCCUCUGUGUAACUACUUCAUUGCCUCUUCUCAUAACACGUACCUGACUGGAGACCAGCUCCUCUCCCACUCCAAGACGGACAUGUACGCCUGGGUGCUGCAGUCUGGCUGCCGCUGUGUGGAAGUUGAUUGUUGGGAUGGACCUGAUGGAGAGCCGAUGGUGCAACAUGGAUAUACCCUGACAUCCAAAAUAACAUUCAAGUCCGUCAUAGAGACCAUCAACAAACAUGCCUUUAUAAAUAACCAAUAUCCGGUGAUUCUGUCCAUCGAGAACCACUGUAGCAUCCAGCAGCAAAAGAAGAUUGCACAGUACUUGCGGGAAAUCUUUGGAGACAAACUGGACGUGGGAGAUGUGCUGAGCAGAGAUUCCAAAACAUUACCCAGUCCACACAGCCUGCAAGGAAAGAUCCUCAUCAAAGGGAAGCGCCUGCCUGCCUAUUUAUCUGCGGAUGCUGAGGAGGGGGAGGUGUCUGAUGAUGACAGCGCUGAUGAAAUUGAAGAAGACUUCAAACUCAAAAGCAGUAAUGGCAACGGCCAUCACCAAGUGGAGUCUCACAUCAGAAAGAAACUGGACUCUCUUCUGAAGGAGUCUCGGAUCGUAGACAAGGAGGACACUGACAGCUUCAGCAUCCGAGCUCUUCUCAGAGCCACUCACCAGGGCCUUCAGAAGAACCUGCGGCAGAGCUCCAGAGGGGUUCUGAAGAAAUCCCAAAGCAGAUCUCUCAUCACAACACUGAAACAGAAGAGGCACUCCAAAUCAAGGCUGGCUUGUCAGAGCGUGGAGAAGGAGGACGACGUUCAGGAAAGGUCUGGGAGAGAGGCUGGUGGACAGUUCAACAGGGGUGGAAGGAAGAGGAAGACAAUAAAAUUAAGCAGAGAUCUGUCAAACCUGGUGGUCUUCACCAAUUCUGUCGCCUCACAGGAGUGCUUAAAUGAAGGGACUCCAGGUGACGUUUUGUCGUUCAGCGAGACCAGAGCGCAAUCUCUGGUUAAUCACAGGGCAGAGCAGUUCCUGGCCUUUAACCAGAGGCAGCUGUCAAGGAUUUAUCCCUCAGCCUAUCGUAUCGACUCGUCUAAUUUCAACCCGCAGUUCUACUGGAACGUUGGUUGCCAGUUGGUUGCGCUGAACUAUCAGACAGAUGGACGGAUGAUGCAGCUCAACAGAUCCAAGUUUAUGGUGAAUGGAGGGAUUGGCUACGUUCUUAAGCCCCCUCCCAUGUGUAAAGGCUCCUUCAACCCAUUCAGUGAUGACCCACUUCCAGCUUACCCCAAGAAACAGCUCAUACUCAAGAUCAUUAGUGGACAGCAGCUGCCCAAACCACCGGACUCCAUGCUGGGGGACCGUGGAGAGAUUAUUGAUCCUUUCGUUGAAGUGGAGAUCAUUGGUUUGCCCGUUGACUGCUGCAAGGAACAGACGAGAGUUGUGGAUGAUAAUGGUUUUAAUCCAGUGUGGGAGGAGACACUAUCUUUCACACUUCACAUGGCUGAGCUGGCACUUGUGCGUUUCCUCGUCUGGGACCAUGACCCAAUCGGACGAGACUUUAUUGGUCAACGGACUGUUGCCUUCAGUAGCCUGAUGCCUGGUUACAGACAUGUUUUCCUGGAGGGGCUGACUGAGGCUUCCAUCUUUGUGCAUGUGUCAGUGCAUGAUGUGUACGGCAAAUGGAGCCCUCUUGUCCUGAACCCAAGCUUUACCAUAAUGCACUUUUUAGGAAGUAGCAAGAGUCGUCAACUACGGGGUAUUCGAGGUUUCUUCAACCGCUCCUCCAAGUCCUCUGUGGACACAAACACCUCUGGUCUUCGGAAGCGCUCCAUUAGUGAUCACCUCCUGCGGCGAACAGCCAGCGCCCCGGCAAAGGGACGAAAGAAGACAAAGAUGGCGCUAUCGGAGUCAGUGGCUUCAAUAUGUGAUCAUAGGAAUGGUGCUGAUGCAGGGGCAUCAGGAGGAGAAGGGCUUUCAGUGACGGCAGAAGGAGCCGAGAAGCCACUUCAGCCUCGAGCCGCACUUAUCCAUAGACCCAUUUCCAUGCCAUUAGACAGACUUCUGGAAGGGCAACUCUCAAUCUGCUCCCCAGAGAGGGAACAGCAUGAUGUGGGUGCAGACUCUAUCACCGGAACUUCUCGAUUCGACAGGCCCAGGUCUUCCUCCGUGGUUUUCAUUGAACCCCGGUUUUCUGUUAAAUCAGACAUCUCUACCCCUUCAAAAACAAACAGAAAGAAAGAAUGGGAUCAGCUCAAUGAGACUUCCUAUCUGGUUAUUGGUGGAAAGGAAGACAUAUAUAUCAAUUACCAGUCAGAACAAAGCAAGUCAAAUAAUUUCCUCAAAGAAACAGAGAAAACUUCCUCCAUGUUGCUUUCAACAAACAACAAGACAACAUUAGAUAAACCAGAAACAUCAUCAAAUAGUACAACAUUCACAGUUGCACCUUCAGUCUCCUCCUCCUCCUCAGCCCCUUCAUCAAUGGCAACAGUUUCUGGAACAAACUAUGUUCUGAAAAGUCCUAGCUCUUUACAUGAUAGCACUAUCUCCAGACUCAUUGAUGCUGUAUCUUUGGGCAAUGAACAAGACACAUGUUGCUCUGUUUCUGCUCUUAUUGAUCAGUUUGAGAUGACUGUUGACCAAAAGAAUCCAACUACAUCAUCUCAGAACAUCACUCCAUCCCAGACUUUAAACCUUAGGCCCACCUCACCUAAGUCCCAAGAAAAUUUAAGGUCUCCUCUCUUAGCCAAAAUGGCGUCUCCUCAAAAGAAACUCUUGAUGUAUCCCCAAAAGGCAAAUAAUGUAAGUAGUAAAAGUUCCUCACCCAAUAAGAUUUCCCAGGCAGAUAAACCUGCUCUAGCUCUCAUCUCUAGCCCAGAAACCGCUGAUCUUGAAGAGGUCUACACUAUUCUGGACGAGGAAGUUUUGACACCCGUGUCUGUGUACAACCUAAAGAAGCAGACAGUUCAUGUUCAGGCAGAUACUACAGAAAGCACUCCUUCAAGCAGUCUGGCAUCCUCGCCGGUGAAAUCAACUCACAUCCUAGGGAAAGGAAGCAGUUUGGGCUGGAAUGGUGUGAAUGAAAUGUGGGGUGACAGUGAAAUUGUUUUAGAUCAAGAGGAGAGAGUGUAUGAGGAGGUGGGAGAUGCUCCAGAUGCAACCCCUAAAACAGAACAGGGUCCUUCUAAAAGGUACACAAGCUCCUACUCCAGAGACUCUGUUCAGAUUCUCCACUGUUCAACUGGAGAGUCUUUUACAGAAGUGGAGCUAAAUGUUGAUGAAGAUCCAUUGGGGAUUAUGCCAAACCACAGUAAACAGUGGGGUAGGUUUUCAAGUCCCGUUAAACACCAAGCUAUUUACCAAAAUCAUGACUUCACUCCUAGCUACUCGCAACCCACACAUGAUUCUUCAAAUCCUCAACCACAGUAUACAACACAAUCACAGUUUUCAUUCCCAGUGAAUAACCAAUCCCUCCAAAUGACCAUUCAUCACAAACAAAACAACUCAAAACUUCCACGCUGCCAGAGAUAUGUGAACUCUGGACCCCUAGUCCCCAGUCCUCUUCGUCAGAAUAGCUACCCCAUGCCUCAGAGCAACUUUGAGGUAUUUAACAACAGCCAAACGUCUGACUUAAGGAGCUGUAGUUCAACCCCAAUAUUCAACGGGUCUCACCAACACAGACCAGAAAACAGUCAGAUUUAUCAAGAGAAAGGAGGCUUCUACAAUGGUUUUUCCUCAGCCGAAAGCCUCUCAAGUCAAUAUGCUGUAUCUCAGAACAGGUCUAGACACAGAGCUCUAUACUCUCCUUCUUCUGAAUGUGAAGCAUUGUAUAGCCAACUGGACUAUGGUAGCAUUAUGCCCUCAUCAGAGUCUGUAACUUCUCAAAACAUCCAACUACAUAGCCAAGUUCAAACACACUCUAUACAGACUGGGAAAAAUAAGACCAACCUCACUGAUAACAGACACCAUCAACAAUCCAAAGUCAGAGAUUCACUGCAAUCAAAUUUAAGGCCUUCAUCAGCUUAUCUCCAGUCUUCUAUCACAGAUUCCACAGCCUUUAACCCAUGCAAGUCUAAGUCACUCGGAGACUUGACAUCUGAAGACAUUUCAUGCAACUUUCAAAGCAAAUACAACAUAAUUAGUCGCAGUUUCAUUACUCCUCACACAUCACGUCAAAAGCCUAUAGGUACGACAAGCAAACACACUUUGCACGCAAAGUCUUGCGAUCCACUUACAGAGCAGCUACGCAAACUGGUUAGCUUGGAGUUAGAUGAUGGUUUCAGAGAAAGACCCCAGUACCCUCAAUUGCUACAAGAACCAAAGAUCCAACCGACAGAACCCCAAGAAACAAGUAUAGCUCAAAUUGCUCCAAGUGAUCUAGAUGAUUCCCCUCCACCAAUGCUUACCCGCCGCCUGUCUUCUCGAAGCCAAAGCCGAGUGCGCCACAUCAACAGUCGUGCCCGCGAGAGACAACAAGAAGCCCUAAAAGCUCGGCCAGGGGUGGUGAUCAGUAGUGGUGACAGCAUUGGUGGAGUGGUACGGAGAAAUAAACCAUCCCUGCAAAAUCAACCUCCUAACAGACACUCUACUGGCUCAUACAUAGCAGGCUACCUUGAUGAGCUGGAGGACAGAGGACUCCCCGAAGGAGCCUGCACUUCAGUACAUUAUGGCAAUGUGGACCAUUUUCGAGAUCAGUACUAUACAGAUGAUUCUCUCCCUCUUGGAAACACUUCUUAUUCCGAAUCGGAACCGGAAGUCUACUUUCUGCUUAGGUUGUAGCUCUGACUAUAUCAUGGCAUGGAGUAAAGGACAAAUUACUUAACUCUCUUUAGAUUCAGUUAGACCAAAAGCAAGAUGACAAUUACAAUGAAAUAUUGCACUUGUUUUAUUGACAUGUCUGGGCUGUAAGUAGUCUACAACAAAGGUCUUCAACCCUGAGUCCUCAGGACCCCAUGUCCUACAUGUUUUAGAAUUGUCUCUGUUCCAGCACAACUAAAGGAAAUGAUUGCAUUACCUCCUCAGCAGCCAGAGAGGGCUAUAGAGGCAUGUUAAUCACCCAUUUAUUUAAGUCAGGUGUUUAGGGAUAGGGAAAUACCUAAAAGAUGGAGGAUGAUGGGUCCAAAGGGCCAUGGUUGAAGAACUCUGGUUUACAAUAUACUGUAAGUAAAACAUUGCAUAUAAUCCAUGGUUGGACCUGAAAGCAUGAAAUGUCCACCUGUAUGAAAUGUCCACUUUUCUGUCAGGAAUGGUGUUUUGGCUGUGUGUUGUCUAUAUUAUCCCUGAUGUAUAAAUGUACUUGAGAACGUCGAGUCCCUUCAAAUGGCUUCCUGGAUGGAUUGUAAAAAUUCUUGUCAUCAUUGUCCUUGUGUUGUACUGUCCAAUAUAUGUACAAUGACAAUGAAGCAAAAAAAAAGGAAAAAAAGCAGAGAAAUAAUGUCUUUCUUUGCAUCAUUUGAAUGUGUAGAAUAAUGAAGCGGCUACUUUUAAUAGAUGGGGUUUAUCUUUUCAUCUAUGAAAUGUAAGUCUUCCCCCUCUUUUUAGUGGCAUUUGCUUAUCUGUGUUGUUUGUAAAUACCCGUGAUAUUAUUUUUCAUUUGAGGUCAGUUUUAGCUGAGAAUAACUCUGAACUUUACACCUAUGUUUGUGCAUGUUACAUGUGAACAUGUCAAGCAUGACUAUGCACUAGUUUAUACGGUAGAUGUUGGAUUACCCAAACACAUUUGCACAGAGCAAACAGAGGUUAAAGGCAUGUUUGUAUUGGGUGCAAUACAGUACAUCAACUUCUGUGCUUGGACUUGUUACUCUUGAUAACCUGUAGAAUUUGAUGGCAAAAAAAUCUAAGAAUUGGAAUUUAAAGGUUUUUAUUUUUAUAAUUGCUUUGAUACAGACAGUGAAAAUACUAUUGUUCUUUCUGGUUAUUUUGUUUUGUAUAACUUAAGAGUCUCAGCAAAGAAAGAGAUAAAUACACAGAGUCAACAUAGGGAGGAAAAGACAGCUAUGCUGUUGGUUUGUUUUCUUUUGAAAAAAAAAAAUGUUUCAGUAUUAUACCACACUUUCUUUCUUUGUAUUGUUGCUCACUCCAGAACUGUGAGGAUUUUUCCUAUCAAUGCAAUAAAAUAUAUAAAUAAUUGGUUUGAA